GAAGGUGAAAACAUGGAGCCAUUAGUUGCAGGAGAUGAGUUGCUGGAAGCUCAAGCUCACAUAUGGAACCACAUGGCAGCCUUUGUAAACUCAAUGUCUCUCAAAUGCGCGAUUCAACUCGGGAUUCCCAACGCCAUCCAUCGACAUGGCUCCAACCCUAUGCCUCUCUCUCUUCUUGUAUCUUCCCUUCAUCUUCAUCCUACUAAAACCCAAUCCUUAUACCGUUUGAUGCGUUUAUUGAGUCACUCUGGGUUCUUUGUUCUACAAAAAGAAGAUGAAGAAGAAGAAGAAGGAUAUAUGCUUACCAAGUCAUCCCGCCUUCUUGUUGAAGACAACCCUUGUAGUGUAACUCCUCUAAUACAUGCACUGCUCCAUCCAAAACUCGUAGAGCCAUGGCAAUUCUUCUCGGCCUUGUUUCAAACUGACGAUGGAGUGCCAGUUUUUAAGACAGCUCAUGGAAUGCCUUUUUGGGAGUACAUGGAAAAUAAUCCAAAAGACGGGGAGAUUUUUAACGCUGGCAUGGCAAGUGAUGCGAGGUUGGUGAUGAGUUUGUUAUUGGAAAAACAUAAAUAUGUUUUUGAGGGAAUCGAGUCUUUGGUUGAUGUUGGUGGUGGGACUGGAACUGUGGCCAAAGCCAUUCCAAAGGUUUUUCCACAAAUUGAAUGCACUUCAUUUGAUCUUCCCCAAGUUGUGGCUAACUUGAAUCACAAUAAUCCACCAAACUUCAAAUAUGUUGAAGGUGAUAUGUUUAAACAUAUUCCUUCUGCUGAUGCUAUUCUCUUGAAGUGGAUAUUACAUGAAGAUUUUGGAGAAGAGCAAAGAAGCAAUUACAAGGAAACCCUAAAAAGGUGGUGGACCCUAAAAAGGACACAAUCAAAACUCAACUACUGUGUGACAUAUUCAUGAUGGUUUUAUUGGGUGGAAAAGAGAGGGAAGAAAACGAGUUGGCUCAAUUGAUUAAACAAGCUGGAUUUGGUUCCUACAAAAUAUAUCCUAUUUUGGGAUUAAGGUCUCUAAUAGAGAUUUACCCAUAAUAUUAAAGACUCUCUUUUCAUAUACGACGCCUUGGGCUGAAUAAUUUAAGUAAACUAUUUCUAUGAAUAAAGUAUUUGUGGAUCA